AUGAUUGUAAAAACCGUAAAAAUUUUGCGAAACAAUUGGAAAAAAUCAGUAUUUUUCAGUUGUGUUUCAUUGUAUGGCAUUAACUAUGGAUAUAAUAAACUAAUGGAGAACAACAAAAUGAGGACCUAUUGUGAGGAGGCGUCGCGUUUCGGUAGUCAUUAUAUAAGACCCGAUGUUAAGUGCCGACACAUUACGGUAAUACUGAACCCAGUGGCCAACGGUCGCAAAAGUAAGGCACUGUACGACAAAUACUGUGCACCGCUUCUCUAUUUGGCCGGUAUUCGGGUCUCGCUAGUGGUCACCGAAGCCGAGGGACAGACAAAAGAUCUGAUGGAGAUUAUGAACAACACAGACGGCAUAUUGAUUGCCGGCGGCAACGGCACAGUACACGAGGCAGUGACGGGUCUAUUGAGACGUGAGGACUAUCUGACGGCUAUUCACCGAUUUCCGAUCGGUAUACUACCGGUUGGCCGACGCAAUACAAUUGCCAUGAAAUUGAAUAAGUUUUACGAAAGACGUCUCAAUCAUUACGAGGUUUUAGCUGAGUCUACAAUGAGUGCCAUCCGUGAAGUGUUGGCACCGAUUGAUGUGAUGAAAAUCGAGGGCACCAUUGGUAGGCCUGUUUACGCCAUUGAUGAGCUUAAUUGCGGCAAAAUAAGAGAUACCGUUACUGUAGUCGACAAGUAUUGGUAUUUUGGCAGUAAAUUGAAACCUUAUUUUGCAUUUUUUGUUAACUCGUUUAAAACAUUAUCACCGGUGGACGACCUGACGGUGUCGUAUAGCGAGCCGUGCAAUGGGUGCUCCAAAUGUUACGAACGGUUUGAACAGUCGACUAUCGGUUCUGGUGUCGGCAAUCAGUCACGCGAUAGUACGACCCGCUGGUGGCAUAUAUUUAUGUCACGAAAGUCUACGACAUCAGGCAAUGACAGCAACAACAACAACAACGGUAGCAAUCAAUUGGUGGCAAAUCAAUCAAAUCGUCGGCACAUUGAUUACCGUCAUGUGAUUAACGACAAGUGUCAAAACUGGUCAACAAUGAGUGAUAGAAGCGCUGCCAACGUUUUAGUGGUGAAUACUAAUGAAUGCAAAUUAAGGCUAAUUAUUUAUUGCCAGCCCUUAACACAAAAUCAAUUCAUUAGCCACGGCGUAAAGUUAUUUAAUAGUGAGCCGUUGCCCGAUAGCGAUGACGAAAAUUCUGGCGUUAAAGUGAUUGAAGCCAUGGAUAUUAAUAUUGAUUUAACCAAUGAUAACAAUAAUAUUAAUAUUAGUAGUAUCGGUGCUCAAAGUGGUGCAGAUAAUGAUGGCGAUAGUGUCGUCGCUGAUGUUACUGUCGGUACAGAAGCUAUUGAUGCCGAUAAUGACGGUGACGACGAUCGACAGUCAGAUAAUAAUAUGAUUGUCAAUAAUGAGGAGAUUCUGUCUGUUGCGCCAAACAACUCGUGGCUUAGUAUCGAUACGGAAAGUUAUGAGAGACAGUCGCUUAAGAUUACAUUAAUGCCUAAAGUGGUUAAUAUGUAUAGUUGUAGUACACCAUCAACACCGGCACCAUUAGCAACAACAACAGCAACAUCAUCAUCAUCUCUGGUUCGGCCAGUUUGAGGAACG